AUGGCAGCAGUAGCUGAUCAAGCAGUGACGCCUCGUAUCUCUCUACGGGCUGCUACAAAUUCUAGGCUGUGCAGUGAGCCUCUACCUUGCAUUAAAGGUGGCCCAGCAAGUCCACCAUCCUACGAAGCCUCUAUAAAUGAUCUACCACCACAAUACUACCACAAUGAUGCGCUGGGUCGCCCUGUAGAUCUCAAGAUCAUCCCGUUGCCCCCCCCAUAUCAUGAGCUCGACCCGAUAACAUCCCCGACUUUCCCAUGCAAGAUUCGGAUUAACCUCAAAGACGCUUCCAAUGUACGUCAAGCACCCAACAAAAAGAAUAAGAAGGCGCAAAAGGCAGCUGAUCAAGCAAAAUGGGCCGGAUCGGGGGAUGAGGGUGGCGAUAAGGGAGGGGGCGCUGAAGGAGAAGAAAAUGGCGAAGGAGGAGGUUCUGGUGGAGGCGAUGCUGGGGGCACGGGUGGCGAUGGUGGUGGGAAUGAUGGCUGGGGUAAUGAUGAAUGGAAUGACACUGGCGCGGGAAAUAAGAAGAAGAAGGGAAAGAAAGCAAAAGACGAUGAAAAAAAGAAGGAGGAAGAAGAGGAAGAGAAGAAGGAUGGGGAAGCCCCAAAUGACCCCUUGGACUGGGCUAAUGAAGAAGGGGACAACUGGGGCAGCUUCACGCCCGCCGCUGCUAAGAAGGAGAAGAAAAAGAAAAAGGGCAAGACCGAUGCAGGCGAAGAGAAAGCCACCACUGCGUUCGAUAAUAUUGAUCUCAACGAUGAUGCCCCCAAAAUUGAUCUCAGCUUUGGAGACGGAGGUGAAAAGAAGGAUUUUGGCUUUGGGGGGUGGGACAGUGUUGGCGGUGGUGGAUGGAGCUCAGGUAACACUUGGGGUUUUAACAACGCUAUCCCCGGGUCAACAGAUGUUGCAGAUUCACUGUCCAAGAAAGGCGCUUCUUCGGAUGCUACCAAUGACAGCAAUGCUUGGUCUUUUGGCGGUAAUAAAAAGAAUAGCAAGAAGAAGACGACGACAACAGCCUUCGAUUUUGGAGAUCUGGGUGCUGUAGAUGAGGACAACGAAGCUGAAACAAACAAAGAGGAGCAUCAAAAUGGCGACGAAUGGGGCAGUUUUGCAACCAAGAAGGAAAAGAGCAAGAAGAAGACGAAUGUGGCUGGCGAUACUGCCAAUGAUGUAGUUGAUUUUUCUACAAUCGGAAUGGCGACUACUGACCCACCUGACACAAAUGGUGAUGAUUCGUGGGGAGGGUGGGGCACAAACAAGAAUAGUAAGAAGAAUAAAAGUAAGAAGACAGAAGAAACCCCUCCUGUUCCGGUGCCUCCUAUGGCGGCCGCUGUUGAUACAGCAGAUGACUGGGGAGGAUUUGGCUCGAAGAAGGAAAAGAAGAAGGGCAAAAAGAUCAACGAGGCAGAUGAGCCCUUAGUUUUGAAAGAGGAGCCAGAAGCAGAAGCCGACGAUGCCUGGGGUUUCGGGGCAAAAAGGGAGAAAAAGAAAGGCAAAAAGGAUGCCAAUGCGCUUGCCGAUCCUGCAGUUGCUUCACCUGAAGAACCUGAGGCUGAGGGUUUCGGCUGGGGAUCCUUCGGCAAGACUGAGAAGAAGAUCAAGAGAAAGGAUGUAGGGAAAACGGAGGAAACUGCUGCUGUCCCCUCGAAAACAAAAGCCAAAGAAGAACCUGCCCUCGAUGAGUUUGAUUUGGGCUUUGGCAAGAAAAAGGAUAAGAAGGGCAAGAAAGACGCAGAAAAGGACGAAGAAACUUCGGCCAUCAAGGACACACCCGAUGCAAACUUGGAUUUUGGCUGGGGCUCUUUCAGUAAGAGCGACAAAGAGAAGAAAAAGGGCACCCGGGAGACCGAAGAAGCUGAUUUUACGGCUUUGCCUGAUGCUGAGGCCGAAGCAAACACAGGUUGGGGAAGUUUUGGGGCUAAGAAGGAUAGCAAGAAGAACAAAAACAAGUCAAUCUGGGAUGAGCCUGACAAAGUAGAGAGCGCUGUGGACCAAACGAAGAACGAUGCCGAGACUGGUGGUGACGAUCGCUGGGCCGCAUUUGGGGCCGGAAAAAACGACAAAAAGAAAAGCAAGAAGGAUGUUGAGGAAAGCAAAGCCAUCGAACCGGAUCCGAUUGUAGAUGAUAACACGAGUAUCUGGGGAUCUGGAUCGAAGAAAGAAAAGAAAAAAAAGACUGGCCUCAUAUCGGAGGUGAAAGAGGAUGCUGAAAGCAAAUCCGAAACGAAAUCUGUCAAGGAUUCUGCCAGUGUGGCUGCGGACGACGACUGGGGCUCAACUUGGGGUGACGAUACCAAGAAGAAGGGUAAGAAGAGUAAGCGCAACUCUAUGGCCAGCUCUAAAGGAGAGGAUCCGCCACCGCCACCGCCACCCGUCCCAGCCGUGCCUGAUAUUGAUGACGCGUAUGGCCCGCCGAAGAAAGAAAAAGAUAAGAAGGGAAAGAAAAACAAACUCAUUGAUCUGGAGCCGGAACCCGAACUCGAACCGGAAAUCGUGAAGAAGGAAGAAGUCGAAGACGACAGCUGGGCGGUCGGCUUGAACCCCAGGGAGAAGAAGAAGAAGCUAAAGGAACGUGAGGCCGAGAAGAAGGAAAAGGAAAGGGCCGAGAGAGAAAAGCAAGAAGAGGAAGAGCGAUUGCGACAAGAAGAGGAAGAGAAAAGACGAGCCGAGGACGAGGCUUGGGCUAAAUUGCCUCUUCGCGAGAGGAGAAAGAAGGAGAGACAACGUGAGAAAGAAAGGGAGGAAAGAGAAAAGACGGAGAGGGCGGAAAGAGAAGAGGAAGAGCGAGUGAAGUUAGAGGCCGAGGAACAAAUGAAACUGGAGGAAGAGCUGAAAAGGCAGGAGGAAGAGCAAAAAGCUCAAGAGAAGGAAGACAAAAAAGCUGGAAAGUCUGGCAAGAAAGGCAAAACUACGACGCCUGACACCUCCAAGGCUACGAGGAUGAAAGACUUGCUGGAGGACUCUGUUCCCGAUGACCCAGUCUCGGUUGAUCCGUGGGGGAGCUGGGAUACUUCUUCGAAAAAGAACAAGAAGGGCAAGAAAGGCCUGACCCCGGAACCUGAAGAUGAGUGGGGAGAUAUCUUGAGCGCGACCAAAACGAAAUCCAAAGAGGACGACAAGAAGUCGAAGAAGGCAGAAUCGUCGGCAGCCAAAGCAGCAAGAAGCUUUUGGGGUGGUAUGGACGCGACCACUACUGCAAAAUCGAAGGGCAAGGACGAGGACCUUGAGGAAGUGGCAGAGGAACAGGCCACGAAGAAGUCGUCGAAAGACAAGACAUCCAAGCUGACGAAGACGACGAGCAAAGACAAGGACAAGUCCAAGGAUACGAAAACGAAAGGCGACGAAGAUGACGAUGCGGAACAGGCAGCAGCAGCAUCAGCAGGGGGCAAAUGGGGAAAGGACAGCAAGUCGAAAAAGAGUGACAUCAAGGCUGAUAAGGAUAAAGAUGCUAAUAAGCAGGUGGACCUUCUUGACGAUCUGUAUGAAGAAGAAGAAGAAGAAAUCAAGGCGGGGAAGAAGACAUCUGGCAAAAGAAUGGAAGAGCCUAAAGAAAUUGCCAAUUCGAUGUGGGCCAAUCAGAAGGGCUCGGGUAAGAAAGGAGCCAUCUCGAAGGAGGUGGAAGUCUCUGACGACGCUGACAAACCCGAGAAACCUUCCAUCCUCAGGGACUCAAAAGCGUCCAAGUCGACCAUGUCCACGACCAAACCAUCGAACAAGCUCUCGGUGAAAGAUCGAGUGAAGGAACUCGAAAAGGAACGCGCCAAGGCCAAGUUGGAGGAGGCAGAGCAGGAGGAGCCAAUUUCGUCGCCGACGGAUGAUCCCGAGCCCAAAUCAAAAUCUGAUAAGGAUAGAAAGGCUCCUGCCAGUAAAUCCAAGUCUGCUGCUGCUGCGGCGGCCGCGACUAAGAGCAAGACCAAAUCCUUUGCAUUCGUAGAUCCCAAGGACGACGUUGUCCCCGGUAGUUUCCCCGGCGACGGAAUGGAUGACGACUUCAAUGAUUUGAUCGACUUCGAGGGCGAGUCACCUGCCCUGGAAAAAAAAUCGAGUAAAGACAAAUCCAGUAAAGUAACUAAAUCCGCCAAGUCAGCGGCAGUAGAUAAGAAGAGCGCGAAAGAGAAACCCCCAGUAAAGGCACCGCCGACACCGCCUCCAGAGGAAAAGGAAGAGAAACCGGCCAAGAAGGAACGGCCGCCUGCGACCCCGAAGAAGGACGUGAAGAAAACUACCAAAUCCAAAGAUGACGCUGACGUUUCGCCGCCGAAAAAGGAGAAGCCAUCGUCUGCUGGUCUAAGUAGGUCAAAAUCGACCAAAACCACCAAGGAGGUCGAGAAGGAAGAAUCGAAAUCUUCGGAGUCAGAGAAACCGAAAAAGAAAGCCGAAACACGUCCCUCAAAAUCCAGAGGAUCAAGUUUUGGUGCUUUAUUUGGGGCUGCUCCACCGCCCUCCAGGCCGAAAUCUUCCCGUCGUAACAGCACCGCCACCUCUGGUGCAAAGCGAGCUCAGGAUGACGAUGCCGACGUCACAGGUCUACCAUCCCCGCCUGCUGAGGAUACGCCCAAGACGUCAAGUAAGGCUGCGAAAUUGCUUGGAACGGACUCUAAGAAAUUAGGUCGAAGUUCAUCCACCAAGAACAAAUCUAAGCCUCCAGGUAAGAAGCAUGUGGAAGCUACCAAGCCAUCUAGCAAGGGCGCUGACGUGAUCAAUUCAGCAGUUCCUGAUCCGUACCCUAUAGACGACGAUGACAUGGUCAUGAUCAAUGCGCCUGAGAAUCCCAUGAUCAAUGCGCCUAUUCCGCAGUCUGGCAAGGAUAAGUCUUCAAAGCGAAAGACCAAGGACGAACGGGAGACGUCGCCUCUCAAGAAGGAUUUGCCUGAUCGAACUCGCUCGAAGAGGGAUUCAAAGCGACAAUCGAAAGCUCCUGGGGGCGAUGAUGAUGUUGUAAUGGUAGACGCAGGUCCGUCAGAUGAUGUGGAUGUGGCCGACGGUCCAGACGACAUGGCCUUCAUCACCAAACCUAAAGGCCUGCAACGUUCCAACACUUCCAAAAAACCGGAGAGUAAGAUUGGUGGUCUAUUCGGUGCUUUUCGAAAGAGUCGAAGGGCAUCAGAAACCUUAGACCGCAAACCGGUGGUGGAAGACGAUGUGACCCCGCGCAAACGCUCCGCUGCCGGUGGGGAUGACAGUACGAAACGGCCGCGCCACGAACGCCGUAAAUCCACUAAAGUUGACCGCGCAGCGGAGGGCUACGUCUAUAACACCGAACCAGAAGCCACCGCCGGUGCUGAAGACGCAGAGGCCGUUCGGCGGGAAGAGCGACGCGCGAAACGCUCAGAAGAGAAACAAUCCACGAAAUUAGCUCGCGAGGCAGAACAGCAAGCGAUCGAAGAGCGGCGCGGUAAACGUCGCAAAGCAGAACGAGACGCAGAAGCAAAGAAACAGGAGGAACGCGAAGCCCGCCGAGCCGCUCAUCGUGCCAAGGAUGACAAUUCUGAGGCUCGUAGAGCGAAAGAUGCGGAAGAUAAAGCCAACAAAGACCUCGCCGAUGAGGUACUUCUCAAACCACGGACGAAAAGGAGGGAGACAGACGAGACGCAUCAGUCGUCGCAUUCGAGGUCGAAACAUCGGUCUGAGAGACACAAGUCGUAUCUCGAUCCUCUAUCGGGAGGGCAGGAGCCACCAUCUGCCGAGUCCAGACGACCAAAGUCUUCGCGAAGAAAAUCCACGCAGCCAGGGACGCCGGGUGUUUCCAAAAACAACGACCCCUACGUGGCGGGUGGUGGAAGGGAUCACACGUCCUCUUGGGUUGCGUCGCAGCAUUCAGACCCUCCUGACCCGCCGACAGUAGAGGGCACGAUCUUGGAAGCCGAGCCAGAUCUAGGUGCAGGUGACAGGAAGGAUAUGACGGAGGACUUCCUUGCGGAUGAGGAUGUGAGGAAGAAGAAUCGACGGAAGAGCUCACGGAGAGAUGGGCGGACCAAGAUUUAUCCUGAUGUAUUGAGCGAGGACCAAGACCGACGUGGCGGGGGUGGUGGGAGGAAGAGGGACACUAUGUCUGGUGGUCUGGGGAGAAAAGAGAGUGUGAGUCCACCUGAUGCACUCGGGGGUGUAAGAUUGGGUAAUGGAGAGAAGACGUGGGAAGCCAAGACUGGAGCAGGCAAAAGGAGUAGUUGGUUCCCGAAGAUGUUCUAG